AUGAAGGACUGGUCAUAUCUGCUCACCUACAAGCUGUAUCAGCAUUGAUGUCUGUGUCAUGGUGGGAUCGUGCCGGAUUACUGAAGCAACUUAUGUCUGGUUGUAAGAUCAGAGUGCGGUGUGGAAAUAAGUCGGUUGAUUGGAACAUACUUGCUAUCGCUCUGGUAGCUUUAGGUCCGAAAAGCUUUGAGUCUCUCGGUUAAAGCAAUCCAGCCUCAGAAUAUCUCAUUCAUUUGGUUCCACGUUUAAGCAUCUUUGGGUUCCGUGGACACUUCUCUCGAGCUAUGACCCGCGACGACAAAACUAUUGGGACACUUUCUUUGGCCUUCGAGAGGAUAUUUGCUGGCCCAAGAAUAGCUAUUAACUGGACGACAGCCUUAGCUCUCAUGGGGAAGGUCUUUGGUUUGUUUCUAACGCAUCUAUCCUUUACCGUAUCGUGUUAUAAUACACGGCCUCGACCAGGCGUUGAGAUCCUGGCGUAUUUCGUUGACCCAGAGCUUCCAUCUAAGGUUUUGUCUGGGGAUAGUGCAUUUGAACAUGACCGCUUUUAUGACCGCGACAUGAAGAUGGCUGUACAGGGCCGGUUCGACGAACCCAAUACGAUGGUAUUCUUGAGAGAGCGCUUGGAAUUUUUCAGAAAAUUUGUUACUACGGCCCUAACAACUCCCAAAAGUGACUCGGCUUUUUUAAUUGAUGCCUGGGAAUGUUGGUUCAAUAUAUUUGAUCGAUUCAGUCGAGAUUGGCCAACCGUGUCAAUAAGAGAUCCCACCCGAAUUGAAAAAGACCCCAUAACCGAUCCUGAGAGCAAAUUACAUCAACCACUUAGUAGUGGGAAGGAGACUAUCAGGCUGCCAGUGCUUCAUCCCAGCAUGGGUGUGAGUUCCGAUAUAAGCUGCGAAUUAAUCCUGACGGAUCUAUCCGUCCUAUCGGCGCUUGGUGUGGAGACAGUGCCUUAUUACAUUCUCCCUUACGUCUGGACAAUUGAUACGGGACCUCGGGAAAAGAUCUAUCUAGAUGGGCAACAGCAUCAUAUACAUCCUCUUCUCUGCGAAGCUUUCCGAAACUUUCGGGAAUCCGAGGUACCUGUCCUACUAUGGAUCGAUUCAGUAUGCAGCAACACAGAAAGCGCCGAAGAAGAAGCGCACCAUUUUGAAAUCGCAAACUCUAUUAUUGACCGCGCAGCGGCUGUCAUCUACCAUGACAAAUUACCCACAGAUCUAUCAACCAAUCCUAGGCCAAUAGAAGAUGAUCUAGUAUCAAGGGAGUUAAAAUAUCUUGGUGUUUCGUUAGAAGAGCCUGCAGUGAGAUUUCCUGUCAUAUUCCCCCCAAAAUUACCUUCUGGGGAAGCUGAGAACUUUUUUCCUUAUGAGGACUAUGGUCUACCGACCACUACGUCUAUUCGGCUCCUCAUUAUACUUCCAAUCGAUAAUAUCGAUGAUGAAGGGCGAGAGCAUUUUCCAAUCAAGUGUUCCAUGCACACCGUGGAUCUCAAAGAGUCUCCCGAAUAUAAUGCUCUUUCCUACACUUGGGGUUGCCCACUUGGAUUGCAGGAGAAUGCUGAGGACGAGCGGGACCAUAAGGCAUGGUCAAGGAAGGAUUAUAAAAUUGAGUGUGACGGACAGACAGUGUCUAUAAGUGCCAAUCUUUUUACGCUACUUUUGGCUCUUCGUCUGAAGUUGAAUUCGGAAGACCAAGAACACUUUAAAAAUGGGCCACAGACUCGAUCUAUCUGGAUUGAUGCGUUAUGUAUUAAUCAAGAUGAUACGGAGGAAAAGAGCAAACAAGUUGCUAUGAUGAGCAACAUAUAUCGCCAAGCUACGUCGACAAUAGCGUGGCUAGGGGGCGAAGACGAGCUAACGAGAGAUGCCCUAGAGUUUAUACGUCUCCUCGGUCGUAAAUAUAGGGGAAUGUAUUAUGCCCAGGAGAGGACUUUUGCCCGGGUAUUUUUCAACUUCGAAACGUUAAUGGAUGUGGAUUUGUUUGCAUCUCACAUGCUUGGUCUCCCACUCCUUACACCAAGGCGGUGGGCUGCAUUACGCGCGUUCUUUUCCCGCUCGUGGUUUGAACGAACUUGGAUUGUCCAAGAAGUUUGUCUUGCGCAGGAUGUUAUCGUAAUGUGUGGCCUGGAAUUACUUUCCUACCAUUCGCUUCUACCCAUAUUGCAAGUGAAUUCCGGGAGAAGUAAUUACUCAGUGGAUGAUUCGGCUGAGACUAUAUCCCAAUUCCCAGGUAGACACGAUCCGCUAUGGAGAAAUUUGAAUCGCCAGACUGAUAGAGACUGGACAAAUUUCCAAAAAGGGCUAGGGUUGGCCGUCAGGACGUAUUUAACUAGUCUGCGCAUUACAUUCGCCAAAUCAAACGUGACUAGCAGGGAAGAGGGCUUCCCUAAACUCAUUGACAAUAUAUCAUUCUUUGACGAAUUUCGGGCAACGGACGAGAGGGACAGAGUAUACUCAUUGUUGGGCAUAUCGGCUGAGACACAGGGCAAACUGCCUGUAGAACUUGUCCCUGACUAUAAGGCGGACGCGAGCACGGUCUUCAUUCGCGCCUCUAAGUUCGUGAUCAAAUCGAGCAAUAGCCUUUCACUUUUAAGCCUUGUUCCAGAUCCCGGUAUCGAAAUCCCUCCAUCUAAAGACCACCCGACAUGGGUCCCGUAUUUUAGCCUGCCUCUAACUUGCGGUCAAUUAGAUUCCCUAACAAAUCCCCGCUUUGCAGCUGCAUCUAGCCUCAGCCCUAUACAUAUUGACUUCCCCGAAGGAAAUAGACUGGAAGUUAGGGGAUUUUGUUUUGGUUCUAUUGAAUCUAGGGGCUGCCUGAAACAAGGCUGGUUAUUAUCAGACUUACUGAGUGUUGUCCUUCAGCUCCCUGCUUUUCCUUUGGUAGAUAAAGACAUAAAUGAUGAAAUGAGACAGCAAGGCCGUUUUGAAGUCUUGUGGCGAACUCUAGUAUCAGAUUCGGUUGAUUCUGAGAGUCCUGCCAAAUCCGAGCAUGGGGACACAGUCCGGAAAAUUUUUCGAGCGGGGAUGAAACAGCUCCAGGCUGAAACAAGAGAUAUAGUUAUUGAACAAAACGACGAUCUCAAGAAACGCGAGCAGCUCGAAAAAUUCUCAACAGAAUAUAAGGCUUUACAACAGAUACUUGGCGACGCUUCAGGCAUAGUUACCCAAGACUUCCCGCCAGAGUUUCAACAAUUCCUUGAAUCUAUUAGAUUAAACGAUUCCCCAAAGGAAACUAUCAAACUUGUGCAUGACGCUGCGCUUGAGAAGUCUUCGGCAGACUUGGGCCGCCCACUUCAAUCCACCGAUGAUGAGAUUAGGGAAACACAUAGGGGUAGAUCAUUGUUUCGUACCAAUACAGGAUACCUAGGCCACGGCCCUAGGUUUAGUACAAAUGGUGAUGAAGUAUGGGUUCUAGCUAGCGGAAGCGUACCGUUCGUUCUCCGGAACGUGAAUGAGAACCAAUUUCAGUUAGUCGGGGAGUGUUAUGUCCAUGGCAUCAUGCAUGGAGAAGCAGUCCGGGAAGGGGCGAAGAAUGCUAGGAUCAUUUCUAUCAUAUAAAGGUUGCCUAGGUAGUAUCAGAAGGAAAUGGGUCGGGUGAAGGCUCGCCGCGGUAAUUUUUGGGGUCUGAAGGUUUGUUUGGAACAAGGAACUGGUGUGCGAAAAUAUAGGGUACCAUUCGUUGAUAAUUCAAACUAUACCGUGAUUUUAUUCACUUAUGGGAUCCCGUGAAUGAAACUCCUAGUUUUCUUUAGCCAUGAUGAGGUGCCUUAUAGGAUUGUGGCCCUUCGUUGUUUGAAAUUCAAUCGUGGGUGAGAAU